AUGCAGACUGCUUCUACAAACAUUUGUGAAAGACUGUGCAAUAAGUCCAUCCAUGACAUUUUCUUGCUACUAAAUAUUCCACGAUCAACUGUUAGUGAUAUUAUAACAAAGUGGAAGCAACUGGGAACAACAGGAACUUGGCCAUGAAGUGGUAGACGAUGUAAAAUAACAGAGCAGGGUCAGCGCACAGUGCGCAGAAGUUGCCAACUGUCUGCAAAGGCAAUAGCUAAAGACCUCCAAACUUUGUGUGGCCUUCAGAAUAGCACAACAACAGUGCAUAGAGAGCUUCAUAGAAUGUGUUUCCAUGGCCGAGCAGCUGCAUCCAAG